CCCUCCCUCACCCCAAACCCCCUAUGUCCGUAUCUCAGACAUUUGUAGUUUGGGCGGCAUCAACACAGACAGACAGACAGACAGGGUGAUGCACAGCGGCCGCUCACAAAAAGAAAACCGUGGAUGAAAGAGGAAUUCACAAACUCUUCCCCUCGACAUCUGAGCUUGUUGCGAUGGGGAACUGCGUGAAUUUGCUGCUGACUCUGGGUCUCCUACUGACACUCUUCACGGCCAGAGCAGGUGCCUUGGAAAACGACGACAACCCUCCAGAGGCUCCUGAAAGAGAGAGGCGUCAACUUUCUGAGCAGAAGCUUGUGGUCACCACCAUUAUGCAAGAACCGUUUGUAAUGGCCAAAGCCACCGGAGGAUACGAGGGCUUCUGCAUUGACCUCCUUGAGAUAGUCGCGGGAAAGCUCAACUUCCAAUACGAAAUCCAACUCGUGAAGGACGGGUAUUAUGGGUUGAAAUCAGAAAACGGGAAGUGGAACGGAAUGCUGGGGGAGCUGAUGAGAAAGGAGGCAGACCUGGCCUUUGCUCCUCUCACCAUCACCAGGAUGCGAGAGAAUGACUUUGGCUUCACCCGCCCGUUCAUGUCCGUGGGGAUCAGCAUCAUGGUGCGCAAGGACUCCAACGCCAAGAGCAGCCGCCUCUUCCAGUUCUUGAGCCCUCUCGCCACUGAGACCUGGUUCAGUCUGCUCUUUGCCUUCCUGUUGACCAGCUUCUGCAUGUUCCUGGCAGCAAGACUGAGCCCCGGUGAAUGGAAUGAACCUCAGGUUGAGAGGAAUCGCUUUUCUCUGCUCGACAGCUUCUGGUUUGGAAUUGGAGCUCUCACUUUGCAAGGUGCGGAACCACAUCCCAAAGCCUUGUCCACACGUAUCAUUGCAGCUGUCUGGUGGAUGUUUGGCAUUAUAUUCCUGGUGACAUAUGCAACCAACUACGGAGCUUCAUUAAACUCGGAGAAGCAGGGAUCACACAUCAAAUCCUUCAGCGACCUUGCAAAACAAAGUAAGAUUGAAUAUGGGACCCUCGGUGCUGGUUCCACCUUCAAUUUCUUCAAGCAAUCAAAAAUUCGAGUCUACCAUGAAAUCUAUUCAGCGAUGAGCAGCAAAGGUGAUUCUGCUCUGGUGCGGACAAUGGGGGAAGGGACGGAACGCGUUCUCACCUCCAAUUACGCCCUGAUUGGUGAAACGGCGACAAUAGACCUGGCUGCUGCAAAUAACUGCAACUUGAUGAGGGUCCCAGACGUUGCUGCAAUGAGGGGAUAUGGACUAGCCACUCGUCUCGGUGAUCCACUCAAAUAUAAUAUGAGUCUUGUCAUAUUGGAACUGGAAGAGUCUGGACAUUUGAAUCAACUGAGGGCCAAGUGGUGGAGAUCAUCUUGCAGCAAUGAAGAUAGCUCAAAUCAAUGGAGUCCAGUGAAACUAAACGAGAUUGGUGGCGCCUUACUCCUUCUAGCGAUUGGACUGUCUUUGGCCUUGAUCAUCGCUGGCAUUGAAUUGGCCAUCAAAUCAAGAAAAAAGGCUGAUCAAGACAAAUCAUGCUGCAAUGUUUUCACUGAAGAAAUUAAUCUUCGAUUUAAAGAGAGAAAUGAGGUCAAUAAAAAGACCAAGGCCUGAAGACUUCACCGUGGAAGACAAAAGUUGAAUUUAAUGAUAUACACAAUUUUCUUCUGCUAAUGUUAACCUGUAAAAUUACAGCAUGUAGCUGAACUCCAAACAUUAUGGAGACAAUUAUUUCAUGUAACAAUCCUGGUCAGGGCAUUAUAGGAAGGAUCGGAUUCUACUGCAGAAAAGAUUCAGAAAGAGAGUUUGGAUAAUUUACUAUUGUUUUCUUUUAAAAGGAAGAGGGCAAAGGAUGCUUUAUUUGAGGCGAGUAAAAUAACGAGGGGCCUGAGAAUAAAUAAGAUGAACCCAUUCUCCUUAGCAGAAGGGUCGUAAAACAUGGGGCAGAGUUAUUGGUCAAAGGAAUGGAGACAGAAGAUGAGGAAAAACAUUUAUCCAGGGCAUGUCAAAACACUUCUUUUUGUGUCAUAAAUCUUCUGUAAUACAAAGCACUAUAAUAAAUAAACAGUGAUUAAUUGUCA